ACCCUGCCAACAUCCGAGCGGACGCACUUUAUUUUUACGUCCAGCACCGGCGAGGAUAAUUUUCCACCCUUCUGAAUCCGGCGGCUUUCAAAUGUCGGGCAAAAAAUACUCGUUCCUCGCCGAAUGGAAUGAUGCGAGCACCUUCUCCGUGAGAAAUUUUAUCCUCAACUUCUUCACCAGGGACUCGACGGUGGAAAUGAUCGAGCUGAAGACUCGGCGCGUGUUCUUGCGGCGCACCGAGUGCGAGGACUGCUCGCUGCGCGACCUGUACGCGGGCAACGUGGUGGCAGUGCUCUCGCGACACCUGCGCAUCCUGGGAUACGCCGACACUCAGACAGCCGCGUUCCUAGGACCCAAGCACGAACGCGCCGUGCUCGUGCUGAGACCGGCUGGUGUGAAGAGGCUGGGAGACGUCUGGGCGGCCGUCGAGGCAGCGGGGGCCACGGUCUGCAAGGCGCUCAUGCUCAGGCUCACGCCCCAAGAUGUGAAGCUGCUGAGCGCAAACCAGCAGGAAGUAUUCGACGAGGGUCUCUUAAGCGACCCAGCUGUCUGCAUCCAGGUUCUGGGAGAAAGGGUUCUCGCCAGGCUUAGGAACCAACCAGUGAAGACGGAAGGCGGAAAUUCGGGCCAGCAAGCAGUCACAUUGCAAACUCUAUGCUGGAUCUCAAAAGACAAGCCGUCAGCCGAGAAGGAAUCCGUGGUGCUCUUUGGAAGCCAGUUCGAUCGUCGCUGUAACACAGCGGUUUUCGAGAACACCACCUGCUGCGUCGUCAAGCCACACGUCUUCAGAGACGGGAAUGUCAGCAGUGUGCUGCGGAAAAUACUGACGUCAGGUUUCGAGGUUACGGCGCUCCAGAUGUUCCAUCUCGAUUGCGCCAAGGCGGAGGAGUUCCUCUUGGUGUACAAGGGUGUUGCUCCAAAUUACACCACCAUGGUGCAACAACUGUGCAGUGGUCCAUGUCUAGCCAUGGAAGUCAGGAGCUCGUCGGAUUCCCAGAACUCGGCUCUGCACCUCAAGGAGCUCGUCGGCCCGGCAGACCCUGUUCUCGCGAGGAGGCUGUACCCGGACUCCCUGCGAGCCGACGUGGGAAGAGACCUGCACAAGAAUGGCGUGCAUUGCACCGACGUGCCCGAAGAUUCGGGGAUCGAGGUGGAGUUCUUCUUCCACGCUGGGAAAUCCUGAAGCUCCGAGAGAAAGAAUAAAAAGUCCACGGUGCUCAUCGAAGGCGCGCCUCACAGGAAAUUGAUUAUUUUUCAUCGGCGUUGCUUUAAAUUUACAAGGAGCAGAGAGAUUCAACAAAAGCUAACUAGAACAAUAGUAGCUAACUUAUCUAAAUGCCAAACAAUCGCGGGCUUAACCCAAGCCAGACUUUUCAGUAAUACUACAAGUCUAAUACCAUCAGUAACACUAGGAUUGUAACUACCACGACCACAAAAUCACAAUUUUUCUAAAGCGUUUGUUAGAAAAAACGCCAAGCAACCAUGAGCUUAACUCAACCCAAACUUUUCAGUAAAACUACAAGUCUAAUACCAUCAGCAACACUAGGAGUGUAACUUCCACGACCACGAAUUUUUCUAAAACGUUCGUCAAAAAAAAAGAGAGAAAGAAGAAAGAUAGGCGAUUGCUAACGGGAUCAUCAAUUUCCUGAAAACAAUGAAGCAGGACCACAUUGAAAGUAAAAAUCGAUUGCAGCAGGUGGAACAUGAAAUACGAUGGAAUAAGCGGCGCCUUCAUGCCCGUUCACUGUUGCGGAAAAAAAAUCUCGCAACUCUUGAUUCUUUGAGAAAGUUCUAAUCUCGGUUGCUUCCGAAAACCUUGGCGCUCAGAGGACGAACCAAUGAACAUUUUGCCUGCCGGCCCUUUACCAAAACUGCGAAGCAUAAUGAAGGAACCCGUUAAGGUUCUUUAUUUCUGUUUUUCUUCUCGAUAGCAGCCUAUUUCCUCACGGAACUUAAUUCAUGCCAGAAUAUUCUUAGCUAUGAUAGCUACGCUACCAAGCGACUACUGUUCACCGGAGCCGAACAACGCGCUUUGUUGGCAAUUAAACAACGCCACUAAAGCACGAAUUGCAAGCUACAUACAGCUAAGCUAUGAAUGAAUGCCAUCGGGAAGGAUUCGGCAAUGAAGUGGACGUAAGCAAGUGGCUCGAACUGCGCACGGAGCCAUGUAAGGUGAAACAUGGGUAAAUUAUAAACUCCAUUGGCUGUUUAAUU